AAGAUGCAUAAGCGAGCGAUGCUGAUGCUGGUGAUGCGAGAAUAAUUUCUCUCCGGAGGCAAGCUUUCAAACGGACCGAGAGGGUCAAAAUGGACUUCAUAUUUAAAAUAAAAUAACCAAACGCAAAAUAUAGUAAUCAACUGCCAAGAGUAGAAGCGACCUUUUGCUCAAAUUGCAACGUAAUAGAGAAAUAGGUGAGGUUGAGUCCCUGGGUCGGAUCCAUCGCUGGAGGGCUGGAGGAGAAAAUUCCGGUCUUCCAUUUUGUAGAAAUCUUCCCUCCAACUGUCAACUUCCUACUGGGCACAGCACUCUAGAGAUCCUCAGUAUGGAGAGAACUGCCAUUUUCACUUCACUGCUCACAGUCUGUUUCGUUUUGGCUAUGUGUCGUUGUUCCCUUGCCGUUCCCUUCUGCCCUGCCCAGUGUGUCUGCGAGACCCGCCCAUGGUACACGCCGCAGUCUGUCUACCACCAAGCCAAGACUGUUGACUGCAACGAACUCCAUUUGAGCAGAAUCCCAUGGAAUAUUUCAGUUGAUACUCAGGUGCUGCUUCUUCAGAGCAACAAUAUCUCCAGGGUAACCUCAGUACUCCAGAGCUUGAUAAACCUCACAGAACUGGAUCUCUCCCAAAACCACUUCACACAAAUCCAAGACGUUGGUUUGAGUAACCUUACCCAACUGGUCACUCUUUACCUUGAGGAAAACCAAAUUAAAGAGCUACCUGAUAUGUGUUUAAAGGAUCUAGUCAACUUAGAGGAACUUUAUAUUAAUCAUAAUCAGAUAUCUUCUAUUGGUCCUAAUGCAUUUUCAGGCUUGGGGAACCUGUUGAGGCUUCACCUUAACUCUAAUAAGCUUGUGGCAAUAGACAGACAUUGGUUUGACUCUCUACCCAACCUUGAGAUCCUAAUGAUAGGAGAAAAUCCCAUUCUUGGACUGCAAGAUAUGAACUUCCACCCCCUCUCUAAAUUGCACAGCCUGGUUCUUGCAGGAAUGGGGCUCAGGGAAAUACCCGAGGGUGCUUUCCAGGGAUUAGACUACCUAGAGAGUCUCUCGUUCUUCGAUAACAAGCUCACGGCUGUGCCAAAGAAUGCCCUGCGUGUUUUACCGAGCCUCAAGUUUCUCGACCUUAACAAAAAUCCUAUUAUACGUAUACAGGAAGGUGACUUCCGAGACUUUCCCCACUUAGAGGAACUCAGUCUGAACAACAUGGAAGAACUUGAGGCAGUUGAGAGGGGCGCGUUCUCUAACUUACAACAAAUGGCCAAACUGGAGCUCUACAAUAACCCCCACCUGUUCUUCAUAGACCGAGCCGCUUUCCUGAAAAUGCGUGACUUGCGCACCUUACUGAUCCACAAUAAUAACCUCAUGCUUUUGCCCCAUGAGAUUUUAUCUGCUUUCCCCAGUCUGGAUGAAAUCAGUCUUUAUGGCAACCCACUCAGGUGCGAUUGUCUCGCCAACUGGGGGCCCAUCCUGGGCAACCAAUCAAGCCUCAAAGUCUUGGAGCCCCAAAUAACUCUUUGUGGUUCCCCACCACAUCUUGUUGGCCACUCCCUUCAGGAAGUGGUGUCUGCAAGUUGGGAUGGGGCAAGCAACACCUGCCUGCCUCUAAUUUCUCAGCAUGCCUUCCCUCCACAGCUCAAUGUCACCAUAGGACAGCUUCUAACACUCAAUUGCUGGGCCGUGGCAGAUCCAGCACCUCAGUUUUACUGGGUGACACCCACCGGUGACAAAGUCACUUCUGAAGCCGUUUCACCAUCCUCGAAUGAGGGAGGAGGAAUGCCAAAGAAGCAUCGGAUGCAAGAUCAAGGUACUCUAGAGAUCCCUCAUGUCGAACCCGAGGAUGCUGGUCUCUACACUUGUGUUGCUUGGAAUGCAGAGGGAGCCGACACCCGGAGCAUCUCUGUGUUCAUGGAUAGGAGCAACUGGCAUGGUGGGCACCCUAUUGGAGGACAUCAAGGGGCGUUGAACACCACUGGAUCUUUAUUAAUCCUGGCAAAAAUCGUCCAUGCCCAGUCUGUGGUGCUCGAAUGGAAGGUGCACCCAUCUGCUGCAUCUUCCAACCAUCUUCCAACAGUGUCACAACCCAAGUGGCUCAGCGCCACAGUUAAAAUUGACAACCCGCAGAUCAGCUACACAGCGAUGGUCCCUGUAGAUGUCCAAGAGUACAACCUCACUCACCUUUUACCUUCCACAGAAUACCAAGUCUGCCUGACCAUGGCCGGCACCGAGCAGACCCAGCACUCUUGUAUCAACGUAACCACCAAAGAAGCCAGCUUUGCCGUGGAGAUGGUUGCCCAGCCGUCCAACGUAGCCCUUGCAGCAGUCUUGGGCUCAAUGUUCGCCAUCUGCAUCAUGGCUCUGUUGGUGUUCUACAUGGGACGGCGCAUGAAGCAGAAAUCUUGUCACCACUCUCUUAAGGAAUACAUUCAGCACACCACUUCCAUUCCUCUGAACGAACUCUACCCACCACUUAUUAACCUCUGGGAGAAUGAGACGGAAAAAGAGAAAGAGGGCACUGCUGACCCUCAGAACUCACAGAUAGACACUUCAAAAACAUACAUGUGGUAACUGCACAACAGAAAGGAGACAUUUUAAACUGUAUAUGUACUCUGUUGUACAUAAAUGACAAGUAUGUAUUAUUGAUUUGUCCUGGUGAAACUGAAAGAUAUAUGUUUUUUUAGAUUGUACCCUCAAUGCGAAGCACGCUUGGUUGCAGUUUUGUUAGACAUCCAACAGACGUGGGCUGCAAAACACAUUCUAUGGUUUUGCAUUGCAUUGUAUUUUCUGAAACUAGUUCAACGUUAAGCAUGCCAAUGUGUUAAUAAUUAAUAUAAUUUAUUAAUUCUAUAUCAGCACUAAGCAAGCUAAUACACUAACACAGAUCAACACUAUUUAUAUUUCCUUUCACAUAUCAAAUGCAGUCACAUGACAUCAGAUUCGGGAGUUUUUGCAUGGAUUUUGCAUGAUAUUUUGGUGCUAACAGGGAGUUUUUUCCUAGUUUUCUCACUUCUAAAUAAUAUACUGGCGUGAGAAGGUGACAUGCACACACUCAUUGCUCUAAUUUUUUCUUAAGCUCGUCACAUUUUAUCACCUGCAUUGUAAUGAAAAUAAAACUUAAACCCAGGUGCUACGAACUGGCAUUUUCCCCAAACUAAUUAGCUGUCAUAUGUAAUUAAUAUCUGGACACAACUGCGCAGCUGUGCUAAUUUAUUCUUGCAUUGUUAAAUAACUAUUUAUGGUUGAGGGUGUGAAAAUGGCUUGGAAAAUGGUUUUAUUAGCACUGUCUGAAAAUGUAUUUCAUAUUUGAUUGAAAAAAGUAAUUAGACUAUAACGAUCAUGUGGUUCAGAUACCUAACAUUUACUUACAGACAUUCACCAAUUGCUAACAAUGAUGGGGCCAUUCAAUGCUUUGCGCCUCUUCAUGCACAUGGCGUUUUGAUUACUGAGAGAUUGCUUCAGUUCUCAGUUAAACAUGUUGCCAAACUCAAUAUUCACACAAUUCAGUCUUAGUUUGGUACAUUAGGUAUAAGUGUGAGUGGAGAAUGAAAACUGAAUUGUAUGAGAAUUAAAAAAAGAAUCAAUGUGUGUUUUUUCCUCACAUAGAUGAACUGACUUUUAAAAUACACGUGCCACCCUGAAAACAAUAUCUGAUUUAUUUUUUAAGGUGCUGACAUGUUUAAACCUGUUAGAUUUGUGCAUAAUCCUGCAUCAUACUGAUUAAUUCAAAAGUUAUGCAAGACACAUGCUCAUGUAUUGUUGUUCUGUUGUGUAUCAGCAAAUGACAUCUAUCCAGAUGUUGAUGAAAAUAAUCAAGUUAAAUUUUGAGUUCUUUAAGGGUUUAGCUUUACAGGUGCACUCAUUAAUUUUCGAUCAUUAAAAACGCUGAAACCCUAAAGAAAUUAUUAUUACUUUUGAAAGACAGUAACACUGAAUAAAACCCUGAAGUCAUAUUGGUAGCUUAAUAAAAACAAUUUCAUUUUUAAAAUGGACAUCACAUGACCAGAUGUGAUCACUUUAUAUAAUACGAAUUACUUUAUUGUGAAAAUGUACGUAUAUAUAUAUAUAUAUACUUUUUUUCUACUAGGUGCACUUUUGUUAUGUAUUAUUUGAACCAAAGAUUAGACACAUUUUCAACAGUUCAAUAGUCACUGUCAUAAGUCAAUGAGAUGUCAUGAUAUAUUUAGCUCUAAAGUACAGUGAGGGAAAAUAUCUAUAAGUUACAGUAUGUUAACACUUCUUGAUCUUUUUUACUUUCAGCUCAGUUUUUGAGCUGUAUGUUAUAAGGGUUGUUGUUUUGGCAUUUUAUGCUGGAUUUUAUUUUCUUUAUUUUAGUUUCUAAUUUAAGGGGUUAGAAAAUGCACUCAAGUUCAUACAGACAACAACUAGAAUUUACAUGUGAGCAGUCAAUUCUAAUGUGAAAUGUUGUUCAUAGGCAUGUCACAUGUUUUUAAGAUGUUCUUUCAUCACUGACUGUAAAUCACAUUGUGUGUUAUUACUGGCAGAGAAAACGUCACCUUAGAUUAAGCAUUAAAUGUAUCACUACAGCUCUGUCCUCUAGUGGUGGAGGACACUAAUGACGUCUUACAUGAUUUACUGUAUCUCAGUGAAUAGCAGGGUAUUUUGUAAUAGAGGAAUAUUAUUGUUAUAUUUCAAUUCAAAAGUCAACAAUAAUGGUUUUACACUGUUAAGACGUGUUGUGACGUCCGUGUACAGUAGUUCAGGAGAAAUGACUGUCUGAAGAAAUAUUUGAGAGAAAUAAACAAUAUCACUAGAACUA